AGAAAAGGGUGAGGUUAUGUUUUAUCAUUAUUUUCUAUACGUAAUAAGCGACGAAAAUGUGUUAAUACACCAUAAAUAAUUCGAAGAAUCAUUUUUUUCAAUUAUAUAAUAAGGAUCGAUUGGAUGACAUUGUGGACCGAGUGUAGCAUUAAAAGAAUUACGUGUUUAGAAAAUUUAUAAUGGCCAGGCAUCUCAUACAAAUUGUUAUAUUAGGAGCACAAGCUGUUGGUAAGGCAUUUGCCAAGGCGCUUCGUCAGGAAAUUCAGGCUUCACAAGAAGCGGCAAAGAGAGCGGGCUCGGGACCACAGAGUGGACAACGGGCGGCAGCUAAUGCAAGAACUGGUAUUACGCUUGAAGAAGCAAUGCAAAUCCUAAAUGUAAAUAAAAUUGAUGCAAAAGAAGUACAAGAAAAAUAUGAACACCUCUUCAAUAUGAAUGAAAAAUCAAAAGGCGGCUCAUUCUAUUUGCAAUCAAAAGUGUUCCGGGCCAAAGAGCGUAUCGAUCAAGAAUUGCAAGAAGUGCUUAAAAAACAAAAUCAACCGUCAAAAGAUAAAUCAAGCGGCGAAUAAAGUUGUUUUAUUAUGAUUUGUUUAUGUUUUUGUUAAACAUUUCAUCAAUUUAAGCACAUAAUUAUAUAGUUGAAACAAAAUUG